GGCGACGGUGCUGUGAAGCACGCAUGCUUGGGUGUGCUGUACCGACACACUUCAGUCUUCAGUGUGUCUGCAGCGCUGCCACCUGAAACAUGGACAAGCACGAGCUCAAGUAUCUGAGCGGGUUCGGAUCGGAACUGGCAACAGAGGCGCUGGAGGGCGCAUUGCCGGAAGGUCAAAAUUCGCCACAAGUUUGUCCCUACGGCCUCUACGCGGAGCAGCUCUCCGGUACUGCCUUCACCGCUCCUCGCGAAGCGAACAAGCGGGCGUGGCUGUACCGCAUCCGUCCGUCCGUCGUGCACAAGCCCUUCGUCGCCUCCUCCAGCAAACACAACCUCGACUAUGACUUCGACUCGCGGCACCCAAACCCCAAUCAGCUGCGCUGGAAGCCAUUCAGCUUGCCGAGUGCCCGCACGACGUGGGUGGAGGGCCUGCACACGGUGUGUGGGGCCGGAGACCCCAAGUCCCGCCACGGGGUCGCCAUCCACGUCUACCUCUGCAACACCUCCAUGGUCGACAGCGCCUUCUGUAACGCUGAUGGCGAUUUGCUUAUUGUUCCGCAGCAAGGGACGCUGCAUCUCACCACCGAGUUUGGCCUCCUGAAGGUGGGCGUGGGGGAGAUUGUGGUGGUGCAGCAGGGCAUGAGGUUCGCCGUUGAGGUGUCGGGAGCAGCCAGGGGUUAUGUGCUGGAGGUCUACGACGCCCACUUCGUGCUGCCCAACCUUGGUCCUAUUGGUGCGAACGGCCUUGCAAACCCACGGGAUUUCCUGGCGCCCGUCGCCGCGUACGAGGACCGCGACGUGCCUUUCACCAUCAUCCAGAAAUACCAGAACCACCUGUUCGAGGCGCGCCAGGACCACUCCUGCUUCGACGUGGUGGCGUGGCAUGGUAACUACUACCCCUACAAGUACGACCUCAACCGCUUCAUGGUCGUCAACGCCACAGCCUUCGACCACUGCGACCCUUCCAUAUUCACUGUGCUGACCUGCCCGAGCCUCAAGCCCGGCGUCGCCAUCGCAGACUUCGUGAUCUUCCCGCCGCGGUGGGCGGUCCAGGAGCACACCUUCCGCCCACCUUACUACCAUCGCAACACCAUGACCGAGUUCAUGGGUUUGCUCUACGGCAACUACGAGGCCAAGGAGACGGGCUUCCUGCCAGGGGGAGCGACGCUCCACUCCAUGAUGACCCCCCACGGUCCCGACGCCCAGUGCUUCAACGCCGCCUCCACAGAGGCUCUGGUGCCCAAGAGGGUGGCUGACGGCACCCAGUCGUUCAUGUUCGAGACGAGCUUGGGAUUGGGGCUGACGGAAUGGGGCGAGAAGACCUGCUGUGCCAUCGACGACGAAUACUUCAAGUGUUGGCAACCGCUGGCCAAGAACUUCGAUCCUAACAACAAACCAGUUCAGAAAACAGCAGUUAAGGGCAAGCCAGUCACAGAAUAAACUGAUAAAGAUCCAAUGAUGGAAAUGUGAGCAAAUUGGAGCAAUUUUCUGCAGGACGCCGGGGCAUUAUUACAAGGCACAUGACUGAGGGUUGAAAAUACACGCUGAAAGUUC